AUUCAAACUUGCAUUCCAAAAUCAAAACCAAAACCAAAACCAAAACCUCAACUCUCUCUCUCUCUCUCUCUCUCUCUCUCUCUCUCUCUCUUGCUUUCUUUCCUUUGCACUUUUGUGCUAGUUUACAUCUAGCUAAGCUUCUAUUUAUAUCAAGAGAGUUGUGUUUUUUUUUUCCAAAAUCAAAAUGUGCAUGUUGUCUACAAAAGCUACGUGCAACUCUCACGGCCAAGACUCCUCAUACUUCCUAGGCUGGCAAGAGUAUGAGAAGAAUCCCUACCAUGAGGUCCAGAAUACAAAAGGGAUUAUUCAGAUGGGUCUUGCAGAGAAUCAGUUAUCCUUUGAUAUUCUUGAGUCAUGGCUUGCGAAGAACCCAGACGCAGCUGGAUUCAAGAGAAAUGGAGAGUCCAUAUUUGCCGAGCUUGCUCUCUUCCAAGAUUAUCACGGCCUUCCCUCAUUCAAAAAGGCAUUGGUGGAUUUCAUGGCGGAAAUCCGAGGAAACAAAGUCACCUUUGAUCCCAACCACUUGGUUCUCACCGCCGGUGCAACUUCAGCAAAUGAGACCCUUAUUUUCUGCCUCGCCAACCCUGGCGAAGCCGUUCUCAUUCCUACCCCAUAUUAUCCAGGAUUUGAUAGAGACCUCAAGUGGCGCACCGGGGUUGAGAUUGUACCCAUACACUGCACGAGCUCCAAUGACUUCCAAAUUACUGAAACCGCUCUCCAAGAAGCCUACCAAGCAGCCCAAAAACGCAAUCUAAGAGUCAAAGGUGUCUUGGUCACGAACCCAUCAAACCCUUUGGGUACCACAAUGACCAGAAGUGAACUCAACCUCCUCCUUUCCUUCGUCGAAGACAAAGGCAUCCAUCUAAUUAGUGACGAAAUUUAUUCCGGCACUGUUUUUAGCUCCCCAUCCUUCACAAGCGUCAUGGAAAUUCUCAAAGAGAGAAAAUGUGACGAGAAUUCCCCAAUGUGGAACCGAGUUCACGUUGUUUACAGCCUUUCUAAGGAUCUUGGCCUUCCCGGUUUUCGAGUUGGCGCCAUUUAUUCCAACGACGACAUGGUUGUGGCAGCCGCCACAAAAAUGUCAAGCUUCGGGCUUAUAUCUUCUCAAACUCAGUACCUUCUCUCCGCCAUGCUUUCUGACAAGAAACUCACUAAGAACUACAUUUCCGAGAACCAAAAGAGGCUCAAACAACGUCAAAAAACGCUCGUGUCCGGCCUUCAGAAAGCCGGGAUUAGCUGCCUCAAGGGCAAUGCCGGCUUGUUCUGUUGGGUAGACAUGAGGGACUUGCUCAGGUCCAACACUUUUGAAGCCGAAAUGGAGCUUUGGAAAAAAAUUGUGUACGAAGUUCGUCUCAAUAUCUCUCCCGGAUCGUCUUGUCAUUGCACAGAACCUGGCUGGUUCCGUGUCUGCUUUGCCAACUUAUCGGAGAAAACUCUCGACUUGGCAAUGCGUCGGCUGAAGGCCUUUGUCGGCGAGUACUUCAAUGUCCCCGACACCAAUGGUCGCAGCCAAACCAACCACUCGAGAAGACGGUCACUCACUAAGUGGGUUUUUCGGCUAUCCUUCGACGACCGCAGCCCCGUGCCAGGUCGAUGAAACGAUAGCCAGGUUUCAACACCGAGUACAAGAAAACAGUGACGAAAAUCACAUCAGCUGAACAAAAUUUUUUUUGCCAAAAGUUAAUUGGUUACUGAGUUCUAUUAUUUAUUUACAUUUUAGCUAUUUUAUUUUUUUGAAUGUAGAGAAGUGCACUCGGUCCGUGCUGUGGAUGUGAAGUG